GGAGGGGACAUUGGUAGAGUCAGGGCAACAUGUUGUGUCAGGAGACGUAAGCAGAGGGAUGACACAGAGACAAGCAAACCACGGGGAUGCCUGUGCAUUGGAGCUAAGCACCGGAUAUAUCUUGACUAAUGUUCAGCAUGUCACAGAAGAUGAAAGAGCAGGAUAAUGCAGACGUAGCGGGGUGUGUGUGUGGCAGGGCAGAAUGAGCGCUGCUGGGACAUGGACGUGCCAGUAGAGGACAGGGGCAGCUGUGGCAUUCCCUGGACGAGACACUAACGAGGCGUGAGGAACGUCUGCGUUCCUUGCGUCUUUCCAGCCCCAGCUUAACCAUGAGAGUGGCCCUCCUGGCCUUCAGACUGAUGUGCUUGGCCUGGAUGUGGCCCGUCACCCACCUCAACGGCAGCCACUACCCCAACAAGAGGAGACACAAGGAGCAGUACGUCGGAGGGAACACCAAACCAAAGCACAGAGGGCGGGUGGACCUUAAGAUGAAAAAGCUGGACAGCACCAAAUCUAUGCUAAUUAAAUCUGAGCAGCUGCUUCGGAUUGAGGACCAUGACUUUGCAAUGCGGCCCGGCUUCGGAGGUUCAGCUAUUCCUGUGGGCAUCGACGUCCAGGUAGAGAGCAUAGACAGCAUAUCGGAAGUUAACAUGGACUUCACCAUGACAUUGUACCUGAGGCAUUACUGGCAGGACGAUCGCCUGGCCUUCCCCUCAAGCAGCAACAAGAGUCGAACUUUUGAUGCACGUCUUGUAAAGAAGAUUUGGGUUCCUGACGUGUUCUUUGUUCACUCUAAGCGUUCUUUUAUCCACGAUACAACCAUGGAGAACAUCAUGCUGAGGGUUUUUCCAGAUGGAAAUAUCCUCUACAGUGUCAGGAUCACCGUGACUGCACUUUGCUCCAUGGACUUCAGCAGUUUCCCUCUGGACACACAGAAUUGCUCUCUGGAGCUGGAGAGCUAUGCCUACAAUGAGAACGACCUAAUGCUCUACUGGAAGAACGGAAACGAUUCAUUAAGGACUGACGAGAUCGUGCUCUCUCAGUUUUUUGUUGAAGACUUCCAGCCUUCCUUUGGGCUUGCCUUCUACAGCAGUACUGGUUGGUACAAUCGGCUCUACAUAAACUUCAUUCUCAGGAGGCAUAUCUUCUUCUUCAUGCUACAGACUUACUUUCCCACCAUGCUGAUGGUGAUGCUGUCCUGGGUCUCUUUCUGGAUAGACAGGAGGGCUGUACCUGCCCGUGUCUCUCUCGGUAUCACCACUGUUCUGACAAUGUCCACCAUCAUCACUGGUGUCUCAGCCUCUAUGCCGCAGGUGUCUUACGUCAAAGCCGUAGACAUCUACUUGUGGGCAAGCUUCCUGUUUGUCUUUCUUUCUGUCAUUGAGUACGCUGCCGUCAACUAUUUCACCACAGUGGAAGAGAUGAAGAAGCUCAAGAGGGCAAGGAUCCCAGAGUCCUACGACGCCACCCAGGCUAUGGCAUUUGAUGGCUGUUUCCAUGACAACGAAAUUGACCUGGCUUCUUUUCCAGAGGUCGCCAGCACCCCGAACACAGAGAGGAACACCCAGGCUCGAAACUCUACUGUCUCUGCUCCCACAGAGGGCACCAGGCUACGCCGCAAGCACCCUGUAAAACAAAACCUCAGCUUUAUAAUGAGCAACAGCUACAUGAUUGACUCUUAUUCCAGAGUCAUAUUCCCCAUGGCUUACCUGCUCUUCAACAUAAUUUACUGGAGUUUGUAUGCAUAACAAUGCAAGAGAAAACCAUAGUUUUUUUGAUCAUGGUUUGACACCCAGUGGCAGCAAUAAGCUUCCUUACAGCUUAAUACUGUGUCAUGGUAUGCGUGACCUGAAGUUUGCACAGUGCUUGAGUUGAGCUGAUGAGUGAUAUCUUGAAGGGAGUCUGCUGCUGAAGAAGCAUUCAGUUGUAACCUGGAGCGAUCAGCUUUAGCACUGAAUGUCCGUUAUUUUCAUGGAUGUUCAUUUGUGUUUUUUUUUUGUUGACAUGCCUGUUUUAUAAAGAGAAAAUGAUCAACAAUACAUAAUAUAUAUUAAAUAACAAAUAUAUUUACAUUUUUAGAUUUAUUUAAUUGCUCAAAUAUACACACAGACAUUACAUUGUAUAAUA